GGCGGCGGCGUGAAGCAUGCGGGGCAACGGGAGCAGCGGCGGCGGCGGCGUCAACGGCUCCCACCCGCCCGAGGCGCCCCCUUCCAGCGGGGAGCGUCCCCCUUGGGUGGCCUCCACCUUGGCCGCCAUCCUCAUCUUCACCAUCGUGGUCGACGUGCUGGGCAACCUGCUGGUCAUCCUCUCCGUCUACAGGAACAAGAAGCUGAGGAACGCCGGAAACGUCUUUGUUGUCAGUCUAGCUGUUGCUGACUUGGUCGUGGCCAUCUACCCAUACCCUUUGGUCCUGACAUCUCUCUUUCACAACGGAUGGAACCUGGGAUAUAUGCACUGCCAAAUCAGUGGUUUCCUCAUGGGCCUAAGUGUCAUUGGAUCCAUCUUCAACAUCACUGGAAUUGCUAUUAACCGGUAUUGCUACAUUUGCCACAGUCUCAAGUAUGACAAGUUGUACAGUGACAAGAACUCUUUCUUCUAUGUCAUACUUAUUUGGGUCUUGACAUUUGUUGCCAUUGUGCCCAACCUUUUUGUUGGAUCACUUCAAUACGAUGCCAGGAUCUAUUCGUGUACUUUCUCUCAGUCGGUGAGCUCCGCCUACACAAUAGCAGUCGUAUUUUUCCAUUUCUUGCUCCCUAUAGCCAUUGUUACAUUUUGCUACUUGAGAAUAUGGAUCCUCGUCAUUCAGGUCCGGAGAAGAGUGAAACCUGAUAACAAACCCAAACUAAAGCCACACGACCUUAGGAACUUUAUAACCAUGUUUGUGGUUUUUGUACUCUUUGCCGUCUGCUGGGCACCUUUGAAUUUUAUCGGCCUUGCAGUGGCUGUUGACCCAGAAAGGAUAACACCCAGGAUUCCGGAGUGGUUGUUUGUUGCUAGUUACUACAUGGCUUAUUUCAACAGCUGCCUUAAUGCUAUCAUUUAUGGACUUCUGAACCAGAAUUUCAGACGAGAAUACAAACGCAUCAUUGUGACAAUUUGUACAGCAAAAGUUUUCUUCCAGGACAGCUCUAAUGAUGCAAUAGACAGAAUGAAAAGCAAACCCUCACCACUGAUCACAAACAACAAUUUAGUGAAGGUCGACUCAGUGUGAAAAGAGAAGCCUUGUCACUGACAAUUUAUAGACACUCUGAUGUAUAACAUUAAAAGGCUAUGUCUGUUUGUUAGCCCCACAGUUCAAAUUAUACAAUGAAACUUUGAUCUUCAAAUGUACAAAUCCACUCAGAAGCAGUUAUCUGUAUAGGAUUUUUGAGCCAAAGUAAUCAUUUUGAAAUAAAUGUCCUCCUAUUGCACUACAGUUACUAUAUACAGUGGACAUGAUCCAACCAAAAUCAACUACCCAAGAUCCACUGAUGUCAGCGGGAGAGUUAGAUUUGGCAUUCAAUCUCUUCUGCUGACCUCAGUGAGUAAAAUGUUUUUAUUGGCUGGAUAAUAUUUAGUGAUUUGUUGACACAUUUCCAAUCUUGAAGUACCACCCUAUUCUUGUCUUCUUAGAAAGAAGUCCCAUUGAAAUCACUUCCACGUAAACAGAUAACAAAUUACCGCUAUAGACUAGUUAGAAUUACUAAGCAAAUAGUUAGAAUUACAAAGCAAAUAGUUAUCAAUCUUUCCUUUAGAUAUAUUAGAGAUGGACUGGAACUAAUAGAGACAUGCUGCUUGGUGGUUGUUGUUUUUAAAUAAAAGCAUCACCCUAAUCUUCUUGAUCCUUAAUCUAAAUGUGCAAAGCAAAACUGUCCAUCCACAGUAGUUCUUGCUCAAGUAAAAUAGGUAUUAUGAACCAGAAAAUCUCACAAACACGUACACAGGUAAAACCAAGGCAACAUUUUCAAAUUAUUGGAUAGCAUCUGGAUCAAUAUAUUUUGGAUAAUCAAUUAUAAAGUGUGUCAAAUAAUAGGAAACCACUAAUGAGGAGUAAGCAAUAAAGGACAAAAGUAUGCAUAGUCCCCACAUUUGUUCAUGUGCAGAGCCUGAAAGUAACCUGUUUCAAAUAACAAGUCACUCUAACUUAAAUGUAUUUUCCAAUACCUAGGCUGUAUUACAAUUGUAUGGUUUGCAAAUAAAACUGUACCUGUUUUGCUGUUGCUAUCAUAGUUACAGGGUAGCGUGGCCUCAUUACUCAGGUGUGUUUUGUACUACAGGCCUUUGGUUUGUAGCAUGAAGAUGUUUUGUUUUUAAAAGUGAGUAAAACUGUUUGAUCUAUUUUGGAAUAAUGAGAAAGUAAAGAGUUGCUUUUUUAAAUGUGUAGCUAAUUGGCUCUAACUAGUUUUGAGGCAUUGGAACAUAAUACCUGAUUACCUUUUAAAGUAACUUCCAAGCUUUGUGUGUUGUGAAGAAAUGGAAGGUGCAUACUGAAAUCCCUAAAGAUGAAAUGCAUUUCAAGCCUCACAGAUAAAGAAUAGUUAGACAAGUGAAUGACUGAGGACUUUAUCACACAGGGCAGGUAAACCGACAUUGCAAUUCAACCACUGCAUUUGGGAUGGUCCCUAUUGCACAACAUUAUGUGCAUCCUAUUUCUAGUCUGCCUCCUUCCCAUGAUUAUCACAUCCUAGCCAUUGAAGGAUAAAACCCAUCAAUAGCCCCCAAUCCCACAACGUUCCCAUCACCUGCCUUGAUGUGAUGGAUCCCUUCUGCUUCUGUGCUGGUAUGCUGGCAGUAAAAUGAUGCCUGGGGGUGGGAUUCUCUUUCUCUCCCCCUUACUAUUCCCAAAAUGGCUAAUUUAUAUUUAUUUUAUAUAUUAUAGCUAUAUUUGCCUUCUUUUUUCAAACCUGGAAUUGCAGAAUUGCUCUAAAAUUAUUUUAAAAUUACAGCACAGCAGUAAUGUGGGAAAGUGGGGUUAUAAGGGUAAGUGGCAGUAUGAUCUUGGAAGCCAUGAAUUGGUGCAAUUGCAAGAAUGAAGAAAAGUGCAAUGUCAAAAGGGUUCAACCCAGUGUAUAUCUGCUAUCAAUGAUAGUGUGACUGUGGUGAAACUGUGGGUUUGUGUGAUAAAGUCCUAAGUCUCUUUUCAAGAGCGGAUAUGUAGCACAAAAGAUUCUGUUCUCAUGAGAGCUUCAUAGGAUUCUAUGGCUGUAGCCUGUUAAAAUGAAAUCUUGGUAAAUAAAGCACUGAAGUUUUCACACUA